UAUGGCGCGCGCACUCGGCGUCCAAGUGUUCGAGCGAUCGCGACAGACCGACCUUCUUGCUUGACCUACCGCAACCUUCGGCUGCCUGCGCGCUUUGAUUUACAGCCAGGUUCGCCAAGCAGUUGGCACGCGUUGCAUUGCACGGAGUCAGCCAUGGAAAAUGAGACGAAAACGAGCGCUUCACGAGAAACGAGCAGCAUCUCUGGCGCCAGCGCCGCGGUCGGUCCGGCUACCACGACGUCCGAGCAGCGCGGGGGACAGGAACAGGAAGCCUCGCAGGAGGAAGAAUCAGAGAAGAAAAAGCCAAUCACCAAAUUUGAAGAGGAAGCCCAGCCAGCUCCAUUUUUGCAGCUGUUCAAGUACUCUUCGUUCAAGGACCGCGCCUUCACGGCCAUCGGCUGCGCGGUUGCCGUGGUGACAGGCUUCGCCAUGCCGACUCUAAUCGUGCUUAUGGGACGUCUUCUACGCAAGUUCAUCGUCUUCCAGUCGGUUGCCAGCGAGCUCUGCGGGAACCAAAGUUCUGCUGUAAUACCAUACAUUUACGUUGCUCAGGCGAAUGAAACGUAA